ACGACAGUUCAGUUCAAAUUGGCAUUUUUAACGGAACGUUCGCAGCGUCCGCACCAAACACAAGAUAAAUAAUUGGUUCUUUUACACCGUAUAUUUCAUUUUAUUUGCUUGUGUUUAAUUCAUAGUAGUUAACUAAAAUGAAUAAGACAAAUAUUGCGAGCAGACUAAGACCUCCUAUGAUAAGAAGUGCAACAAGUACUGCCAAAAAACUACCAGUGCUCAAAGAGAACUCGACAAACAUUACAAUACCUACCGUAACGUUCAACAAACCAGGACCAGGAGCAGCUUCUUCCUCCAGCACAAGCAAUGUGCUUGCAUCAUCUCAUGCCAUACGAAGAGGCCGACGUUCAAAAUCGUUUGGUGUAUCAACUGCCAAAGCUUCUAUGCACAACAAAAUAAAAUCCAGUGCUUUGACUUCAACUCUAGCAAAGAAACCGCUUGCAGGACGCGUUGCUGCAACAAAUGUGACAUCACGUUUGAAUACUGGAUUAACUCGAACAGCGACUCUGGCAGCGGCGUCAAAGACUGCUGUAAAACGGCCUGCAGCAACAACAGCAGAGACAACUAAGGCUGUGCCAUCAGCACCCAAACUCUCAAAGUUUGAUUUCAAAGGAAGGCUUGCUGCCUUGGAGGAUAAGCAUAAAGUGCUUGUCACUACUCACAAAGAAGCAAAGAGUAGACUUGAAAUUUUAGAAGAUGAAAAUGUUAGCUUUAAAACCAAAUGUGAGGAGCAGGAACAACUCCUUGAAGAAUUAAAGCAGUACAAAGAUAAAUAUCAAGCGACCGAGCGUGAGAAUGAACAUCACAAGACUCAACUGCAAGAAGCACUUCAGUCAAUAGAAGACCUCAAACGAAAUCUGCGUGAACACGAAGAACUCAGGCGACAAUUACACAACGACGUACAGGAUCUCAAAGGCAACAUACGCGUGUUUUGCCGUGUGCGACCAAUUAAACCGGAUGAAGAAGACCGCAUGCCAUGUAAUAUGGAUUACAUUGAUGACGAUACACUCGGACUGAGGAAAUCCCGUGAGUCUGUGAUGGGACGCGAUAAAGGCGAAAGCAAGUUGGAGUUCACAUUUGAUCGGGUGUUUGCUGCUGAGAGCUCACAAGCGGAAGUCUUCGAAGAUUUAUCACAGUUGGUGCAGAGUACGCUGGAUGGAUACAAUGUAUGCGUAUUUGCCUAUGGGCAAACAGGAUCAGGCAAAACAUACACAAUGUUAGGUAGUGGAGAUAAUUUAGGAAUGAUUCCACGAUCAGUUGAUCUGCUGUUUACCAAAAUCGCUGAGUUAGAGCAACUCGGAUGGGUAUAUGAGGUGCAAGUUAGUUUCAUGGAGAUUUAUAAUGAAACAAUCAAAGAUUUACUCAAUCCCGAUUCGAAGAAAUCGCACGAAAUUAUGCACAAUGAAGGUAAAGGUUCGGUGGUGACGAAUUUAUGCACUGAGACUGUGUCCACCGCCAUGAUGGUCAAGAAGUUGAUGAUAAAAGCGAAUAAUAAUCGGGCGAUCGCCGCUACGAAUUUUAAUCUGCACAGUUCACGAUCGCACGCUGUGACGAAAAUCUCCGUACGUGGGUAUUUUGAACAUAACGUCUUCAAUGGUUCGCUCAAUUUGGUUGAUUUGGCUGGCUCGGAGUCGGCGAAAAACUCGGAGCGGAUGACUGAGACGAAAAACAUUAAUAAAUCACUAUCCGCUUUGGGUACAGUGAUGCUUGCGUUGCAUAACAAGGACAAACAUGUCCCUUACCGUAAUUCUAAGUUGACGUAUUUGUUACAAUCUUCGCGGGGCAAUUCGAAAACGCUUAUGUUUGUGAAUAUUUCGCCGCUUGAAGAAUGUUACAAUGAAUCGGUGAACUCAUUGCGCUUUGCGUCGAAGGUAAAGGAGGUGAAGACGGGUUCGAAACGGAACCGCAAUGUUAAUAGGUCCUAGUUUAUAUUUUUAUUAUUUUGAUUUAUGAAUUUUAUAGAGGCUAUAAGAUUUGUACUGGCUCUUAAUUAUAUUGUAUCUGUAAUACUUUUGUAUCCACCUGGAUGUAUAUAUAUCAUAUGUAUUUUAUAUGCUGUUAGCUACGAUGAAUAAACAAACAACUUUUUGUA